AUGGUUCAUCAGCACGGAGAUGAGCAUAAAAUCCCACAUGAGCACAGGCAGCACAAACACGGCGCCUGGCUUCCGGCCGACCACCGAGUGCAACACGAAUGGAUAUCUCGACAGAUCGAGCAUGUCGAUAAGAAACAUAAGGCUGGCCAAAAGAAACCUUUGGUGCCGAUUCUGCAGGAAUUCCAAAAGUUUAUCGAAUCUAAUCCGCGCAUCUAUAUGUACUUCACACAGAUGUGGGACGAGGUUCCUCGAAAGGAACCAUACCUGACAGACCCGACCGGAAAGCGGCAGAUCCGUGACUACAAGCACAUGCUGGACGUGCUCAAUCACAUUUUCGGCAAGGCGCCUGAGUGGUUGGAUGCCGCGUAUGGCGUUGGCAUGGUCGGUGUACCGAUGUGCAGUGUCUUCGACUAUGUUAUGGCUACUCCGAGUGGACAUGCGGCAUUCCUGGAUCCAGACGUGAAUGCUAUGCUGAAGCGGGUUCUCAAUGAAUGGGGCAAAUAUUUGAAGUCACCCGAUUCGGCUCAUGUGCUGGAGAAACAUAGCGAGGGCUGGUUCGGAGAGAACGCCCAAAAGGAUGUCAUGCAGGUUGCCAACGCUCCCCUGAAGACAUCGCAUGAUUUCGCGGACAUGUUCGUCUGUGAUCCCAACGCGCCACAUUAUGGCUAUACCUCGUGGGACGACUUCUUCACGCGUGAGCUCCGGGAUGGAGUCCGUCCUGUCGCAUCGCCAGACGAUGACAGCGUGAUCGCCAAUUGCUGCGAGUCUAAGGUGUACAACCUGGCGCGGAACGCCAAGCUGCGGGACAAGUUCUGGAUCAAGGGCCAGCCGUACUCGGUGCUGGAUAUGCUGGGUCACGACCCGCUCGCGCAGCAGUUCGACGGCGCCACUGUGUACCAAGCAUUCCUAUCGGCGCUGUCGUACCACCGUUGGCACGCCCCCGUGUCCGGCAAGGUCGUUCGGGCCUUCGUCCGGGAUGGUACCUACUUCUCCGAGCCGCUGUUUGAGGGCGUUGGCGAGAACGGCCAGGUCGACAUCGACAAGAAGGGCAUCAGCGUAGCUCAGGGAUAUCUUACGGCGCUUGCAACCCGUGCCGUUAUCUUUAUCGAGGCUGAUAAUCCGGCAAUAGGGCUCAUGGCCUUUAUUGGUGUCGGUAUGGAUGAAGUGAGCACAUGUGAAAUUACUGUGCGUGAAGGCCAACAAAUCAAAAAGGGGAGCUUGACUGGGAUGUUCCAUUUCGGUGGGUCUUCUCAUUGCCUGUUGUUCAGGAAGGGCGUCAAGGUCGAUGGGUUUCCUGAGGUUGGACGGCAAGAGAAUGUCCCUGUCAGGAGCCAGGUCGCGGUGGUCAAGAAGUAG